UUCUAGAAGUUAAAAGGACCUCUUACUUUCUUUCAUAAAUAAGUUAGGGGUGCGGGAAGGUGGAAAAUGAAAGAAAUUUGUAGUUUAAUCAAUGCAUUUCAUAUCUGCCAUGCAUGUCAAGCUCGUCUUGAAUCUGGACUGAAAAUUUUGAUGAACAAAAAAUCCGCCCUUUGCAUUAAUGCCUGUCGGUUGCAUUAAGAAAAAGUUCCAAUAAAAUUAGGCUUUUCAAAGAGGCCUAGUCGUGUCCUGACGGAACUCCCCAACCAUUUCUUUCAAUGAGAAUUGGCCAUUUUUUACCCUAUUAGUUCAUCUCUUUGAAAGACCUUUCCCUUCCCACCCCUAAUAAAGCUUUCUUGGUAAUGAUAAGAUUUUUGAAACGAUUAGCAAAAGAUGCAAGAUGGUAACAGUAGAGAGAGUCUUCCCUGUCAUCAUCAAAAUAGCCAGUUUGCGGGGUACGGUACCCUUCUUAUUUGCAUCGAUGUUUCAGGUAAUCUGUAAAAGCCACCCACCAUCAGCUUCAGUGACUCCCGUGACUCAAAAAAAAAAAGUUCUAAAUCAUGGCUUUGUAUUUAUCACUCUGUCCCAUCUCAACCCCAUUCCAUUCCAACUCUCCUUUUCUCUCUCUCUCUCUCCUACAAGUAAAAAACUAAAGAUUCUAUAUAACCAACCAACUACCAUCUUCCUAGUGAAAAGGGGUUCAAUUUUUAAGGCAACCAAAGGUGAAAGAGAGGCUUGAAAGAGGUGGGGUUUGAGUUUUACCCUACAAGAAAAGUUGGCUGGUUGGCAGCAAAAGAAGCUUUAAACUGAGCGACGACAAUGGAAGGGUUUGAGAAGUACGGUAAUAAGAAGAGGGUGAUGGUGGUGGUAGAUCAUACAUCGCAGUCCAAGCAUGCUAUGAUGUGGGCUCUAACCCAUGUGGCCAAUAAUGGUGAUUUCCUCACUCUUCUUCACGUUGUUUCUCACUCAAACAAGCUCCUCUCUGAAACGCCUUCUCAUUCUUCUUCCUCGUCAUUUCUUGCUAACUCUCUUGGCUACCUCUGCAAAGCUUCUAGACCUGAGGUGGAAGUUGAAGCACUGGUGAUACAAGGCCCGAAACUAGAGACAAUUUUGAGCCAAGUGAAGAAGCUUGAGGCAUCUGUUUUGGUGGUGCCCCAGAAAAAGCCUUCUCUGUUUGGAUGCUUCUGUGGGACCAGCAGCUCAGAGCAGCUUGUGGAACAGUGCAUCAGCCAUGCCGAUUGCUUUACAAUUGGAGUUAGAAAACAGAGCAAUGGCAUGGGUGGUUACCUUAUCAACACCAGGUGGCAGAAGAACUUCUGGCUUCUUGCUUAGUUGUCUCUAAUCUUAUCUUAACCCUGUAACUAAAUGCAGAUGACCUUAGAACACUCCAUCAAAGUUGGAAUGAUCCGAACUUCAGAUCUUUCAGUCUAACAAAAUUUAAUAAUUCAUCCAUUCAGAUGAACUUGAAAACUGUGAUGGUUGCCAAGCAAUGGAGCAAGUUAAGCAUCAGAAAUCUGGGAAUAGUUUUA